GCUAUAUACAAACUCACAUUUCCAGAAACCAUCAAACCCUCCAUCUUUCACCAUUUUACCCCCUAAACCCGGUGUCCUUGGGAUUUUACUUUCACGUGAUUCUGAGCUCUGUCUACUCCGACACCUCCUCCGCCAUCGUCCUUGCUUUUGUCUUUUGUCACGUACUCCUUGCUUCCCCUCUGUUCCCUUCAUCCUCACUCACUCACUCACUCACCCCAAAACCCCAAUCAAUGGCCAACUAGCAAACUACCCAGUUCGUUUCUACUUCUUCCCACCACAAUGCUCCACAAAUGGAAACUACCCUCGUUACUUCCUCUCUGUCUACUAUUAACCUCUGUUUCUUGUUCCACUUCACUGAACUCAUCUUCUUCUUCAAACCCAUCAGACGCUGUUGCGCUUCUUGGAUUCAAAGCAAAAGCGGACUUGAACAAUGCCCUCCCCUUCUCUUCCAACAAGACCCUUCAUUUCUGCCAAUGGGUCGGGAUCCAAUGCGCCAAAGCCAAAGUGGUCCGGUUAGUAAUCCAAGACUUAGAUCUCGCUGGUGUUUUCGCACCGGACACUCUCACUCGCCUCGACCAGCUCCGAGUCCUCAGCCUUCAAAAUCUCUCCCUCACCGGACCCAUCCCCGAUCUUUCCGGGCUCAUCAACCUCAAAACCCUCUUCCUUGAUCACAACUCCUUCUCCGGUUCACUCCCACAUUCCCUCUCUUCUCUCCACAGGCUUCGAACCGUUGAUCUCUCCUAUAACAACCUCACCGGUUCAUUGCCUGUAUGGCUCACCGGUCUGAACCGGAUUUACUAUCUCCACCUUGAAUCGAACCGGUUCAGCGGCACCGUCCCGCCGCUGAACCAAUCCUCCCUCCAAACCUUCAACGUCUCCGGCAACAACCUCACCGGCGUCGUACCCGUCACGCCGACUCUCCUCCGGUUCGGACCGGCUUCCUUCUCCGGGAACCCUAAUCUCUGCGGCGAGAUUAUCCGAGUGGAAUGCCACCCGAACGCACCGUUCUUCGGCCCGGCGGCGCCGUCGACGGUGCCGGAAGCUCCGUCACCGGCUAGCGCACUCGGGCUGAGAGCCGGCGAGGGCGUCGAGCUGGCUCAGCCGUGUCACAAGAAGCACAAGAGAACCGCCGUCAUCGCCGGAUUCUCCGCCGGCGGGUUCGUCCUCAUCUGCUCGCUCCUCUGCUUCGUCCUGGCCGUCAAGAAACAAAGGAAGCAAGUCAAAAGGACGGAUUUGCCCUCGGAUGACGUGGCGCAGGCGGCGGCGGCGGUGCAGAUGGAGCAGGAGGAGCUGGAGCAGAAGGUGAAGAAGGUGCAGGGGAUUCAGGUGGUGAAGAGCGGGAGCUUGUUAUUCUGUGCGGGCGAGGCGCAGGUGUACUCGCUGGACCAGCUAAUGAGGGCGUCGGCGGAGCUCUUGGGAAGAGGGAAACUGGGGUCCACCUACAAGGCGGUGCUGGACAACCGUCUGAUCGUCUGCGUUAAACGGCUGGAUGCGAGUGUGUUGGAGGGGACGGGUAGGGAAGUGUUUGAGAGGCACUUGGAAUCGGUGGGUGGGCUCCGGCAUCCCAACUUGGUUCCGCUCCGGGCAUAUUUUCAGGCCAAGGAAGAGAGGCUCCUCAUCUACGAUUACCAGCCCAAUGGCAGCCUCUUCUCUCUCAUUCAUGGUUCAAAAUCAACAAGGGCAAAGCCACUGCAUUGGACAUCAUGCUUGAAAAUAGCAGAGGACGUAGCGCAAGGCCUCUCCUACAUCCACCAAGCGUGGAGGCUUGUCCACGGCAAUCUCAAGUCCUCCAAUGUCCUGCUCGGCUCUGACUUUGAGGCAUGUGUCACCGACUACUGCCUCUCUGUUCUCGCUACUAAUCCUCCACAAUGGGAGGAGGAGAACCCUGAUUCUGCUGCGUACAAAGCCCCAGAGACUCUCCAUUCAACUCACCCACCAACACCCAAGUCUGAUGUGUAUGCAUAUGGUAUUUUGCUGGUGGAGCUUCUCACGGGCAGGCCUCCCUCACAGCACUUAGUGUCAGUGCCCCUAAAAGAGAUGAUGGAGUGGGUGAGGUCGGUGAGGGAAGAAUCAGAUCAAGAUGGUGGUGGCAGCGAUUCCAAAGAGAGUAUUAAUAAAAUGGGAUUGCUGCUUGAGGUCGCCGUAACUUGUAGAUCAGCUUCGCCGGAUCAGAGACCAACAAUGUGGCAGGUGUUGAAGAUGUUACAGGAGAUCAAAGAGACUGUGGCCACCGAUGAAACUGAGACCGAGUUAAUGGGAUCAUGCCCUGGCUAGCCAGCGAGCUAACUAGUCACUGUCUGCAACAAACUAGGAGUAGUAGUAUUUGAUAGAUAUGAAUGAAAGAAAUAGCUAGCCAGGUGAAAAGAUGCACUAUUAAUUGUUAACUCCUUCUCCGACGGCAUUAUUUUUGUGCUAUGUUUCUUCACCUAUAUCAUGUAUGGUAAAAUGCACGUGUAUUUUGUUGGCCAUUUACUUUGCUUGAUGCAAUUGUUCUUGCUGCAGCGAACCAAAGAACCUUGAUUUUGGUUGGUGUAUCAGUCUAUCAGAUAUGUGGUCAGUUUG